ACCCCCUUAACUGUGGCAAUGGAGGGGGGCCCAGCAGUCUGCUGCCAGGACCCCCGGGCAGAGCUGGUGGAACGAGUGGCAGCCAUUGAUGUGGCCCACUUGGAGGAGGCAGGAGGUGGCCCAGAGCCUGCCAGAAAUGGUGUGGACCCUCCGCCAAGGACCAGAGCUGCCUCCGUGAUCCCCGGUGGUGCUUCAAGACCACCCCUAGGCCGGCCCAGCCUCUCAGCUAGGAAGUUCUCCCUGCAAGAGCGGCCGGCAGGAAGCUGCCUGGAGGCCCAGGCUGGGCCUUAUGCCACAGGGCCUACCAGCCACAUCUCCCCACGGGCCUGGCGGAGGCCCACCAUUGAGUCCCACCACGUGGCCAUCUCAGAUGCAGAGGACUGUGUACAGCUGAACCAAUACAAGCUGCAGAGUGAGAUUGGCAAGGGUGCCUACGGCGUGGUGAGGCUGGCCUACAACGAAAGUGAGGACAGGCACUAUGCAAUGAAAGUUCUUUCCAAAAAGAAGUUACUGAAGCAGUAUGGCUUUCCACGUCGCCCUCCUCCAAGAGGGUCCCAAGCCACCCAAGGAGGACCAACCAAGCAGCUGCUGCCCCUGGAGCGAGUGUACCAGGAGAUUGCCAUACUGAAGAAGCUGGACCAUGUGAAUGUGGUCAAGCUGAUUGAGGUUUUGGAUGACCCAGCUGAGGACAAUCUCUAUUUGGUGUUUGACCUCCUGAGAAAGGGGCCGGUCAUGGAGGUACCCAGCGACAAGCCCUUCCCGGAGGAGCAAGCUCGUCUCUACCUGCGGGACAUCAUCCUAGGCCUUGAGUACUUGCACUAUCAGAAGAUCAUCCACCGGGACAUCAAGCCAUCCAACCUGCUCCUGGGAGAUGACGAGCAUGUGAAAAUUGCUGACUUUGGCGUUAGCAACCAGUUUGAGGGCAACGACGCUCAGCUGUCCAGCACAGCCGGGACUCCAGCAUUCAUGGCCCCUGAAGCCAUUUCCGAUUCUGGCCAGAGCUUCAGUGGGAAGGCCUUGGAUGUGUGGGCCACCGGGGUGACGUUAUACUGCUUUGUCUACGGCAAGUGCCCAUUCAUCGAUGAUUACAUCCUGGCCCUGCAUAGGAAGAUCAAGAAUGAGGCCGUGGUGUUUCCUGAGGAGCCAAAGGUCAGUGAGGAGCUCAAGGACCUAAUCCUGAAGAUGCUAGACAAGAAUCCUGAAACAAGGAUUGGGGUGCCAGACAUCAAGUUGCACCCCUGGGUGACCAAGAGUGGGAAGGAGCCCCUUCCCUCGGAGGAAGAGCAUUGCAGUGUGGUGGAGGUGACGGAGGAGGAGGUGAAGAACUCAGUCAAGCUCAUCCCCAGCUGGACCACGGUGAUCCUGGUUAAGUCCAUGCUGAGAAAGCGUUCCUUUGGGAACCCAUUUGAGCCCCAAGCUCGGAGGGAAGAGCGAUCUAUGUCUGCUCCAGGAAACUUACUGUCGAAAGACAGGUGUGGUGAAGGGGGCAAGAGCCUGGAGCUCCCCGGCGUCCAAGAAGAUGAGGCUGCAUCCUGAGCCCCUGCAUGCGCCCAGGGCCACCGGCAGCACGCUCAUCCCACGCCUCCAAAGGCCCACUGCCCUCAUGCCGACAGCCGCCCCUGCGGGCAGGGGGUUGAGGACUGUGGCCCCUCUUCCGGCCCUCCUCCUUCUGUCAUGCUGCAUGACCUCAGCGCACAAGUCCAGGGACAGGAUUGGAAUGUUCGUCAUCUGGGGUUUGGGGGCAGGGCUCCCAUGAGGCCUUUCUCCUCGUCCUGGCUCUCCCUCGGGGGGACCCAUCCUGUGGGAAAGAGAGGUACCUGUGGUGCCUUAGAAACCCCACCUGGCUCGCUGGCAAGGCAGGAAGUAGGAAACCAAGCUAGCGGGUGGAGGCCUUUGUUUACCACCACGGCAGAGACCUCCUACUGGGAGUCAGGCAGGCCUGGCUCAGUUGUCUCAUGCACAUGGAGGGCUGGACCUUGCCCACCUCAGGGGUUCCUGCCAGAGCUCUUGUCCACUGAGAAUGCUGAUAGGGAGGCUCUGAGCCCUCAGGGGGGUAUUCCUGGGCCUCACUGAGGCAGGGGCCAGCAGUAGAGGAUUCAGAUUCCUUUUUUUGUUGUCUCUUACUUUUAACAUUGUGGUGGGAGUGUGGUGGUGUGUAAAGGCCUCCUUGGGAACAUCUAGAAAGCUCUCCCACAGCUUUGGGUGGUCCCCAGCACACUCACCAUUAUUUGGCAGCCAGGUGGGGUGGACUGACUUUCCUUGAUUGUUUCACACUCGGUGCCAUCUGGAGAAUGGGUUAAAUGAAAGCUCUGGGCAGAGGCCUGAGCCAGGAGCACCCACCUUGCCUGCCCACUUUACUCCCUCCCUGCAUGGCUCCCGUGUAGAAGAGACACCAGGGGCAGGCCCGACCAACAGCUCUGGACUCAACAGGGCUGUGGCCUUGCAGAUGCUGAAGUAAGUGCAGUCCAACCUCUGAUCCUACACUGGCCUGCCCAUCUGGCCCCAGAAGCUGCCCUCACAUUCCUACAACGAAGGACAAACGGCCCGGGUUGGAGGCAGCACUGGAAGUGGGCCCCUGGUGCGGUGUGCAUGCUGGCAAGUGGCCACAGAGAGGUGGGCCUCCUGCCACUGCCUCACCCCCAAGGCAGUUGACAUUCGGCCGGCACAGAGCUGGUGUGCUGGAGCGUGUGUGUGGACCUGGCCGUGCUGGGGCAGACUUGAUCUUCUCCCUGGAAUCUGUGCCUGGCUGGCUUGGCGCUGACCGACCAAAUCCUCAAGAGAUUGACCCCCAGAGGAAAAUAAAACAGGCCUCAGAUGCCUCCCCUGGAAACACGGGCCAAACAAGGGAUUUCAGUUGCCUGUGUGGGGCUCCUACUGCAGGAAGGCUGGUGCUGAAAAAGAAAGGGCGGCUGGGCCGGAGGAGCGUGUGUGUCCUGCUCAUCUUUGUGCCCGUGGGUGUAUGUCGCACCUCCAUGCACAUGCAUGUGCGUGCCCAUCUGCUGCACACAGCACGCCUGCACGUCUUGCACUGGCACAUGCAUCUGUAAUAUAGUUUCUUUGUGUCUUUAAGCUAUGAGCAGAAUGUGGCCCAUUGUCAAUGGGCCCACAGUUCUCCCUAGCUCCUCUGCACUAAGGCAUUGUAACCCAGGGCUUAAAAAAUAAUUCGGUACUGUUUUUAAGAACACUUUUUUUUAGAAUUCAUGGGAGGCUAAUCACAGAUCCACAAGUUUCCUUGAGCAUCUCUGCACUGGGGCCUGGAGGGUGGGAGUUUCAAGGGGCUACAUCCAUCAGGCCUGCCCUCGCAGACCUCAGAGGUGGGCCUGGCUUCAUUGCCCAUGUCAGAGCCUGGAUGGGGUACUCACCCCAUUGCUGAGGGUUUUGGUUGGCGUAUUGUUCUUGAAUGUAGCACAAGUGAUGAACAAACUCCAUGAGAGUGUUUUAAAAACUAACUUCCCAGGUAGUGAGUUAAAAACAAUAAAAGCCCUUU